UGUUACUGAGGAGUCAUGGUGGGGCCGGGGCCCGCUACGUCUGCCGCCGCGGAAGAACGGCAGAGAAAGCUUCAGGAGUACCUAGCAGCCAAGGGAAAACUGAAGAGCCAAAACACUAAGCCUUAUCUAAAAACCAAGAAUAAUUGCCCGAAUCUACCACCUUCUAAAUCUACUAUUAGACCUCAAAAGAAUAUUACCAACCAUGUCAUUUUGCCUGUCAAAGAUAAAAGUUCCACUAGUAUUAAACUCCAGCCCAGACCAGCCAAUAUUACAGGGUGCCAGAAGCCAAAGUUGGAGCCACCAAAACUUCCAGGCAAAAGGCUGAUUUCAACAUAUGUCUCUACUAACCCAAACUGUAAGCCUUCUAGCAAGAGUGGUCAGCAGCAUAAAGCUAGAUCAUCCACUGUGGGAGAACUGUCGAAAAAACCCACAGGGUCACUUAAUAUACAAGAUUUGAAAACUACAAAGAAACAGGUCAUAGAUCAAAGAACUGCUAAAUGUACAGACUGUGUGGACAACAUUCAUGUUGAAAAUGAAUCUUUGAGUGGCUUUCUAAAAGAUACCAACAAAGAGAACUUGCCCCAAAUCUUAUCAAAACCUGGGAAGAAGCCAGACCCUGGAUUAGGUACCCGAAAUAAGCCAAAAACUAACUCUUAUAACCUAACCAAGAACAGUCUGGCUUCUAAACAAGUCUUGGGCAAAAGUUCAGUUAAUAAUGCUAUUCUGAAAGACAGAAUGAAUAAACAAUCUGUUGGAGAAACACGAAUCAGGACUCUAACCCUAAAAUCACAGCAACCCUCUAGAGGAAGAGAUCUUGCAAGACCAGGAGAAAACCCCCCAAGGAUAGCUCCCUCUCAGUUAUCUCAGACUCUUAGUAAGACUCAAUCAUCAAAGAAACCAGUGGUCAAAGAAAUAAAGGUUAAUAGGAGUAAAUAUGAAAGACCAAAUGAAACUAAGUUGCGGUUAUACCCUGUUACUGAACAGAAAGUAAAACCUACCAAGCCCAGGACAGACUCCAGACUGCUUCCUGGAGGAAAUAACAGCAGAUACUCAAACAUCAAACAAAAUCAGAAGUCCACUCAAACUUGUUUUAAACCUCAACCAUCAUGUGUACUGCAAAAAUCAAAAGCCACGAGCCAGAAACAUAAUUCGACAGUUGGCCACUUUAAUUCAGUCAUUUCAAGCACCCCUACCAUAAGAGCAAAUGGAACCAAUGGUAAUAAAUGUGGCAACAGCUUUCAACAAAAAGCACAGACUUUGGACUCCAAAUUGAAAAAGAGUCUUCCCCAGAGCCAUUUUCUGAACAAGACAGCUCCCAAAACUCAAGCUGGUUUCACAAACAGAAAUGGACAAAAAGACCCAAAUGGGACCCAAGCGAAUACAAACAUUAAAAAGAAGGCAACAGUUGAGGAUCGAAGGAAACAACUGGAAGAAUGGCAGAAAUCUAAGGGAAAAACCUAUAAAAGGCCUCCAAUGGAAUUUAAGACAAAAAGAAAAGUAAUAGAAGAAAUGAAUAUUUCAUUCUGGAAGAGCAUUGAAAAAGAAGAGGAAGAAAGAAAAGCACAGCUUGAAUUGUCCAGUAAAAUUAACAACACUCUUACAGAAUGUCUGAAGCUCAUUGAAGGGGGUGAAUUUUCUAAUGAAAUACAUACUAUCCUGUCCAGCAUUCCUGAGGCUGAAAAAUUUGCUAAAUUUUGGAUCUGCAAAGCAAAGUUGUUGGCAAGUAAAGGCACUUUUGAUAUUAUUGGUUUAUAUGAAGAGGCCAUUAAAAACAGAGCAACACCAAUACAAGAGUUGCGAGACUUUGUUGUUAAUAUUUUACAAGAUCCAAACAGAACCACAGAAGCUGCUGAAACUAAUAUAACAUCAGUGGAAGAACUGACCAAGAAGUCAGAAUCUAUAAAGUCUUGUCUCUCUCCAAAAGAGAAGGAACAAGUUGCAGCAACACCCCAAAUAACCAAGGCAGAACAAGAUAAUCAUCUUGGUAUCAAAUUACAGAUUGCUUCAAUCCCUAGAAUAAACGGGAUGCCAGAAGUGCAAGACAUGAAGCUUAUCACUCCUGUUCGGCGUUCGGCAAGGAUCGAGCGAGCAGUGUCCCGCUACCCGGAAAUGCUUCAGGAACAUGAUUUAGUAGUGGCUUCUCUUGAUGAGCUAUUAGAAGUGGAAGAAACAGAGUGUUUUAUAUUCCGUAGAAAUGAGGCUUUGCCUGUAACAUUAGGGUUUCAAGUCCUUGAAUCAUAAUUUCCAAAUGCUUUUUUUAAAAGUGUUUUAGCACUUUCAUGAGACAAGAAAUUUUCUUGUCCAAUUGACCUAGAAAAAAAUAUGUCAUAGAGAGACAUGAUGGAUGCAGAAUAUGGACUCUCAGGACUUAGGAAGUAACUCACUGGGCUUACCCUCAAAUUUGAUAUCCCCAUGGGAACAUAUCUGGUUUAUGUGUUUAAGACUACAGUUUGCCACAGUUUUACAGUAUUUAUACAUUUCAAAUUUGUACUUUAUCAAUCUCUGCAUAUUGUUUAUAUCAGGAGGUUGGUCUCACAAUAUGACGGACUUUUCUUUUUGUAUCCAUCUUAGCAGAGAGAGCAAGUCCUUACAGCAUGGAAGACCCAAGCUUUGAAACUAGCUUUCCAGGCUGAAUGGAACUUAAUGGAUGGACCAACCAAAUCCCCUCAUUUUACAAAUGAGUUUAUACUAGCUGUACCUUGGCUCAGAGAAAGCAAAUGACAUUUAUGUGUGAUCUUUGCCUUCUACCACUGUAUCCUUGUAAAUAAGAGGUAAUUCUGUGUUAGGGUUCCUUAAAUGAAAC